CGGGCCGCGCCGCCGCCACGUGCUCCGACGCAGGGAGCUGCCAGCCAGCGGUCUGAGCGCAGGCGGAGCCCUGGCGUCCUGCUCCGGGUGCCACUCGCAGCAGGGCGGCGGCAAGCAUGGCCACGGCGGCGGCCGUGGCGGUGGCCCGUGGGGCCGGGGCGAGGGCGGCGGCGGCUCUGUGGGGCGGCUGCGGGAGUGUGGCCCGGGGGCGGCCGCGCGCGGGCCCCGCACGGCCCUUGUGCACAGCACCUGGGACGGCCCCGGACAUGAAAGGCUACUUGUGGGAGCGCUACCGGGAGGCGAAGAGGAGCGCGGACGACUUGGUUCCUUCAAUUAUGAGCAACUUGUUGAAUCCAGAUGCCAUUUUCUCGAACAAUGAAAUGAGCCUGUCGGAUAUUGAAAUCUAUGGCUUCGAUUAUGAUUAUACCUUGGUGUUUUAUUCCAAGCACUUGCACACGCUGAUAUUUAAUGCUGCUCGGGACCUUCUCAUCAAUGAACACCGGUAUCCGGUGGAAAUCAGGAAGUAUGAGUAUGACCCAAAUUUUGCAAUUCGUGGACUUCAUUAUGAUGUGCAGCGGGCAGUGUUGAUGAAGAUUGAUGCUUUCCAUUACAUCCAGUUGGGAACCGUCUACAGAGGCCUCAGUGUUGUUCCCGAUGAAGAAGUCAUUGAAAUGUACGAGGGGUCCCACGUGCCUCUGGAACAGAUGAGCGACUUUUAUGGAAAGAGUUCUCAUGGAAACACCAUGAAGCAGUUCAUGGACAUCUUCUCCCUGCCAGAGAUGUCCCUCCUGUCCUGUGUGAACGAAUACUUCCUCAAGAACAACAUUGACUAUGAGCCUGUGCAUCUGUACAAAGACGUAAAGGAUUCAAUUCGAGAUGUGCACAUCAAAGGAAUCAUGUACAGCGCGAUCGAAGCAGAUAUUGAGAAGUACAUCUGCUACGCUGAGCAGACCCGCGCGGUGCUGGCCAAGCUGGCCGACCACGGCAAGAAGAUGUUUCUCAUCACCAACAGCCCCAGUAGUUUCGUGGACAAAGGGAUGAGGUAUAUUGUUGGAAAAGACUGGAGGGACCUGUUUGAUGUGGUCAUCGUUCAGGCCGAGAAGCCAAGCUUCUUUAAUGAUAAGCGGAGACCUUUCCGCAAGGUGAACGAGAAAGGUGUCUUACUCUGGGACAAGAUCCACAAGUUGCAGAAAGGCCAGAUUUAUAAGCAGGGCAAUCUAUAUGAAUUUUUGAAGCUUACUGGAUGGAGAGGAUCCAAAGUGUUGUAUUUUGGUGACCACAUAUACAGUGACCUGGCGGAUUUGACCCUGAAGCACGGCUGGCGAACUGGUGCGAUUAUCCCGGAGCUGAGGUCCGAGCUCAGGAUCAUGAACACGGAGCAGUACGUUCAAACCAUGACCUGGCUGCAGACCCUGACCGGGUUAUUGGAGCAGAUGCAGGUUCACAGAGACCCUGAGUCACAGCUGGUUUUGCAGGAGUGGAAAAAGGAAAGAAAGGAAAUGAGAGAAAUGACCAAAAAUUUCUUCAACACCCAGUUUGGAAGCUUGUUCCGCACAGACCAGAACCCGACCUACUUCCUGAGGCGCCUGUCACGCUUUGCCGACAUCUACAUGGCGUCUCUGAGCUGCCUGCUGAACUACGACGUCAGCCACACGUUCUACCCGCGGAGGACUCCGCUGCAGCACGAACUUCCCGCCUGGUCGGACGGGGCCCCCACCUUCAGACUCCCCCUCCUGCAGGAGGCCCAUGCCAAGUAACCGGGGGCCCAGCUGCAGAAAGAGCCAGAAGCAGGGACAGCCCCCAACUGGCUGGACGUGAUGGGGUUGACUUGUGUGCAGACGAGUGUUGCUUUUGGAAAAGA